AUGCGGGAGGCCAAGCUGGAGCCCGACGCUAUCUCCUACAGCGCUGGGAUCAGCGCGUGCGAGAAGGGCCAGCAGUGGCAGCGGGCUUUGCUGCUGCUCGGCGAGACGCGGGAGGCGAAGCUGGAGCCCGACGUCAUCAGCUACAGCGCCGGGAUCAGCGCGUGCGAGAAGGGCGAUCAGUGGCAGCGGGCCUUGGCGCUACUCGGCGAAAUGAGGGGGACGAACAAGGAGCCCAACGUCAUCAGCUACAACGCCGGGAUCAGCGCGUGCGGGAAGGGCGAGCAGUGGCAGCAGGCUCUGGCGCUGCUCCGCGAGAUGAGGCGGGCGAAGAUGCACCCCAAUGUCCACAGCUACAGCGCCGGGAUCAGCGCCUGCGAGAAGGGCGAGCAGUGGCAGUGGGCCCUGGCGCUGCUCGGCGAGAUGCGGGGGGCGGGGCUCGAGCCCAACGUCUUCAGCUGCAGCGCCGGCAUCAGCGCAUGCGGGAAGGGCGCCCAGUGGCAGCGGGCCCUGGCACUCCUCGGCGAGCUGCGGGGGGCGAGGCUGGAGCCCGGCGUCAUCAGCUACUGCGCUGGGAUGAGCGCAUGCGAGAAGUGCGGGCAGUGGCAACGGGCUGUGUCGAUGCUGGGCGAGAUGUGGAGAACGAAGCUGGACCCCGACGUUGUCCUACAACGCUGGGAUCACCGCGUGCGAGAAGGGCGGGCAGUGGCAGCGGGCGUUGGCGCUGCUCGGUAA